AGGUCGUCAUGCUCAGAGCUACCGUUGUUGCUGCCCUCGUCGGCGCUGCUUCUGCUUUCUCCGUCGCUCCUGUUGCUGGUCCCGCCAGCCUCGCCAAGGCCGAUGCCUCCAUGCGCAUUCGCUCUGCUCCUCGCACUUCCAGCAGAGUCGCCCCCAAGAUGAGCGCUAGCGAUGGCUUCGUGCCCGACAUGGGCCGCCGCCAGCUCAUGAACGCUCUCCUCCUCGGAUCCGUCUCUGGCCCCCUCCUCGUUCUCCCCGCUGUUCUCAUCUCCUACCUCGUCCCUGCCAAGGCUGGCGGUGGCGGUGGCGGCACUGUCGCCAAGGAUGCCCUCGGCAACGACGUUAAGAUCGAGAACUGGCUCAAGACCCAUGGACCUGGAGAUCGCUCCCUCGUCCAGGGCCUCAAGGGUGAUGCCACCUACCUCAUCGUCAACGAUGACAAGGCUCUCGAGAACUUCGCUGUCAACGCUGUUUGCACUCACUUGGGAUGCGUUGUUCCCUGGAACAAGGCCGCCAACAAGUUCUGCUGCCCCUGCCACGGAUCCCAGUACGACAAGAACGGCAAGGUUGUCCGUGGACCCGCUCCCCUCUCCCUUGCCCUCGCCAAGCGUGGCGAGCAGGACGGAACCGUCGUUCUCUCCUCCUGGACUGAGACUGACUUCCGCACUGGCACUGCUCCCUGGUGGAAGGCUUAAGCGUCAACGUGUAGAAACUCGACAUAAACAAUAAAGUGAUGGAAGUGAUUUGCAAAUA